GAUUUAUUAUUUAACUAAUCUUUGUUUUAAUGUAUUUUAAGGAAGAGGAACAAAGAAUAUUCAGUGAAGAAUUGGAGAAGCUUAGGAAAGCUAUAGAGUUCCAGGAAGAUUUAGCAAACCAAUACUUUGAUGAGGAAAUUCAAAUGCAGAUUUUUUCAAAGGACCUGUUGGUAACUUUGGAUGAGGACCUUGGAUUUGAAAUGCUUCAAACAGGGGGACUAGAAGGUGUCACUGCCAUGAAUUCAAGUGGCUUGCAGAACCUUGAGAAAUGAUUCGAACAGGAGGACUAGAGGGUGUCACUGCUGUGAAAUUCAAGUAGCUUUGGAGCAAUGGGAACCCCAUUUGAGCAAGCAGCGGAGUUAAAGAGAAAAAGAGAGGAAGAACUUGAUGAAGCACGUUGGGCCAAGAGGCCUGCAACUGCUUACGCUACUCCAAGUCGUCCCCCAAUUGGUGGGUUUGUGGUUGAGGCUCACCAGAAUUAUGGUCAGUCAGUGGCUGCACUGGCUACUCAAGGACCUCUGUUCUCAACCAAUGGAGGUACACAAAUACAAAUGAGGGAGGCUGCUCAUGAUAAGGAGGUCUCAACCUCAUCAUUGGCACCUCCACAGGUGGAGCUGAGGAAGUUCACUGGUGAUGAGCUUGGACUAGGAAGCAAAAAUGAGUUUCAACCCAAAGAAUACAAGGCCUUUGGUGAGGAGCCAAGAACUACUGACAUGUUCAAAAACUCUAGGAAAAAGGAAGAACAAGAGUUCAAGGAAGAAUUAAAGAAGCUUGAAGAAGUUUUGAUGAAGCAUGGAACAAAUGAAUUCUUUGAUAUGGAUAUUUUACUUGACUCACCGGACCUUGAAAUGUGGACAGCAUAUAUCACGGGAUAUUGUGAAGGAGAAUUGCAGUCCAGCACUACAUGGAUUAUGCCAUUGACUGCAGGUGCCAUGAAUUCAACUGCAACUGGAGGUGAGCCUCAUCAUGACCCUCUUGGCAUGCAAGGACGAACUGCUGCUGCUGGAUCCUCUGGUGGUCCCACCACCCAGUCCUUUCCACACGAUGAAAAGUUUUAACUUUACCUCGAUCCCACUUUAUGUUGGCUUAUUGUUAAUAUGUAUUGUGUUGGUUGAGCUAUUAUUUAGAAUGAGACGAACUUAAGUACAUGAACACCAAUUAGGUGGUUAUGUUGAAUGGGAUAUUUGAACUUGAUGUUACUUAUAUAAACUACAAGGUAUCACACUGUGCAUUGCACAGGUAGCUAAUAAUGUAUUCUAGUGUAU